CGUUGCGAUUUUUUAUGGUCUGUGACUCCUAAAUAUUACCUAUUUUAAUUGGAUGAUCUGUGACUCGUUAAAUAGAUUUGAGUGGAAGAAUCAAAAAGAAACCGGACAAAUGCCUCCAAACUGCCUCUUAAUGAAGUGGAAAUGGCAUUAUCUACCAAACGAAAGUGCAAAUACUUUAUAUUUACAUUUGUUUUGUUAAGUUUGUUGUAUGUAUUUGGCGUAUUUCACCACCCUUUAGAGAAGAAUUUUUACUCAGAAUUUCGUUAUCCUUAUGAUGGGGACAUUGAAGAUUUGGUCAGCAAAUUAAGGAAUAAUUUGACGCCUUCCGUUAGCCCAAUAAACAAUUACCGAUUUUAUUACUACAAAAAGUGUACCAGCAAAUGUAUUGAUGUUACUGAUUUAAGAGUAGUAUUUCUCAUUAAAUCAUCCCCACAACACUUUGAACGUCGAAUGGCAAUACGAAGCACUUGGGGUUUUCAGCGACGAUUCUCGGAUGUAGAGAUGAGAACUGUGUUUUUCGUUGGUAUAAAAAGUGAAGCUAAGCUACAAAAGUCGAUAAAUGAAGAAUCCCAAAGAUACAGGGAUAUUGUUCAAGCCAAUUUUACUGAUACCUAUUUUAAUAACACCUACAAGACAAUGUCGGCGCUUUAUUGGGUAGCGCAAUACUGUUCAAAUUCUAAAUUUUAUGUUAUCGUGGAUGAUGACUUUUACGUUUCUGUGAAAAAUAUUUUAAGGUUUAUUAAGUUUCCUUCACAAUAUCCAAAGUAUUUAAAGGAGCCAUGGGCAAAUUUUAAUUUUUUAAAUAAUAAAAUUGGAAGGGCAUUAAAACUACACUUAAAUGAAGUUAGGCUCUAUGCAGGUUACACCUUUGAAUCAGCCCCCCAUAGACACCUGACAAGCAAAUGGUAUGUAUCUUUAAAGGAGUAUCCUUACCAUAUGUGGCCCCCCUAUGUUUCUGGAGGAGCAGUGGUUUGUUCUAGAGAAACUUUACUGGAUAUGUAUUUUGCAAGUUUUUAUACCAAACAUUUUAGAUUUGAUGAUAUUUAUAUGGGAUUAUUAGCCUUUAAGGUUAAAAUUGAACCAUUUCAUUCAGAGGAGUUCUAUUUUUGUAAGAAACCAUACAAUAAAUUUAAUUAUGAGUAUGUGAUUGCUUCUCAUGGAUAUGACAACCCUAAAGAACUGAUUAAAGUGUGGAGUGAACAAAAGAUCCUAGGUAAUGCAUAACGAGGUGUAGUAAACAGUUUAAUU